AUGGCUAGCAGCGCGCGACGAGGCGCUGCGUACACUAUCGAUAGCAUACUUGGACACAGGCAACAUUCCUCGGAUGGAGUGGAGAGAUGCGGAGAGUUAAAAAGUGAAAGUGCUCAUUCAGACUCCGAUCAUGAUGUAGAGCACGAACAUGAGCAUGAUCACGAGCUCGAGCACGGAGUGAGCACGGAGCCGGACAGAGCAGAGCACGAGCCACUCGAGGCGCUCGAUGCUGGACGACCGCGCAAGGUGCGCCGCAGCCGCACCACGUUCACCACGUACCAGCUCCACGAGUUGGAGAGAGCCUUCGACAAGACACAGUACCCGGACGUCUUCACCAGGGAGGAACUGGCGCUGAGGCUCGACCUCAGCGAGGCCAGAGUGCAGGUUUGGUUUCAGAACCGUCGCGCCAAAUGGCGUAAGCGAGAGAAAGCCCUAGGCAGAGAGCACGCGCCGUUCCUUCAUCAUGAUCACGGUGUAGCAGAAUGGGGACCAGCUAUGGGAGUGGGCGUGGGAAAUGUGGGUGUGGGCGCUGGGGAGUGGUGGCUGGGUCUCGGAGCGCCGCUGUGGUCUGACGCGCCUCCCGCUGCCGCGUUCAGAGCUUUGUUGCACAGGUACGUGCUGGCGCUGCCGCCGCCCGCGCCGCUGUCCCCCGCCGUGCGCACCCCCUCCCCCCCGCGCUCGCCGCGCGCCGCGCCCCUCCCCACCCCGCCGCACCCCGCGGAGCUCCGCCUCCACGACCGCUACAGCAGGGUGCACACGUAA